GAUAACAAUACUUCAAUAAUUCUUUUGUUUGAUCCAAAAAUCUUACUUCAGUUUUGAAAACCUCUUCAACGAUGGACAAGCUUUUGCUAAUAUUUUUUAUUCCCGUCGUCAUUAGUGACAGCCUUCUAGAUAAUUGGGAUGGUCCAGGUCCUCGACUGACAUAUCCAGGACCAAUAAAGUUUUUGAACCAAGGAAUGCUCCGAGGUCGAAUUGAGCAUUAUGAUUUGACAGAAAGCAUUGUAAGCUAUAAAGGAAUUCCGUAUGCACAACCACCGGUUCGUGAAUUGAGAUGGAAACCUCCUGUUCCUGCAUCUGGAUGGAAAGGAAUAAAAGAUGCAAGUCUUUUUGGAGCCAAUUGUCCACAAUUUGGUGCUCCUUUAAUCGGAACUAGACAGCCAUUUGUCAUGAAUGAAGAUUGUUUGUUCAUUAACAUUUUUACACCUAAUAGGAUGUUUAUGAGGAAUUUGCCUGUCUACUUUCACAUCCAUUUGGGAGGCUUCCACGGUGAGUCAGGAGACCCAAAUAUUCACAGCUGGGAAUUCUUCCCUCAAAAUGGCGUCAUUUACGUGACAUUUAACUACAGAUUAGAUGUCUUGGGACAACUUAACACACAAGAUCGUCAUGCAACUGGAAAUUAUGGAUUGAAAGACAUUCUUGAAGCUCUCAAAUGGGUCAAUAGAAAUAUCCACAGUUUUGGAGGCGAUCCAAACAAUGUCAUUCUGAUGGGAUUCAGUGUUGGUGGUGUUGUUGUUCAAGCUCUUAUUUAUUCUGAAGAUGCUAAAGGUCUAUUUGCCAAAGCUGUAUCAUUAUCUGGUUCUUUGUUCCAAACUUAUCCUUUCCAACCAAAUCCCAAAGAGAAGGCUGAAGCUUUAGGUAGGAUGUUGAACAUAGAAUUUAAUAAUACAGAAGAAUUAGUGGCUCAGUUAAGGACAUUCACGCCUGAACAACUGUCAAAUGCAACUAUUAGGUUUUUACCAACAGAAAUGCCAACAUUGUUUGUGCCUCGAACCUUUGUUCCUUCAAUCGACGCUGAGGAUACUGACGAGAUCAAAUUAAUUCCAAAACAUCCAGACGUCCUAGCCAGAACUGCAAACUACAAUAAAGUUCCAUUGAUGAUUGGAUUCAACAGCAUGGACUCAAUGACGAAUUUGUUAUUUCCAAAUGGACGAGAUCGCUUUAAUGCUGAUCCCCAUAUGUUGAUUCCUGAUGCCUGGAAGAUUGAAAGAAACAGCAGUGAAGCAUGGGAAAUAAUUGAUGGUUUUAGACGAGUAUACUUUAAUGGAUCCGAAAUUGUAACUGAGGAUAUGAUGAUGCAGUGGAUGGAAUUCUGCAGUGACCGAGAAAAUGCUUUUGGAAUGUCUAAAUUUGUGGAUUUCCAUUAUAAGGAACAACCUGUUUACUAUUACAGAUUUAGUUAUUCUGGUGCUUUCAGUUUCUCGCAACAAUAUUUCGGUCUCAUGCACGUAAAUGGCACAACCAGCUUUGAUGACUACAUGUAUCUGCAUCGAAUGAAUAGAUUUAGAAAUCCAGUACCAAGAUCUGAUCAUGCAUACACUGUUCAAGAUAGAUACCUGCGGUUAAUGCUCAAUUUUGGUAGAUUUAACAAUCCAACACCGAAUUCACAAGAUCGACUACUGCAAAACAUUCAAUGGCCUCAAGUAACUGACAAUUUAGAGUUUCUCGAUAUCGGCGAGAAUCUUGUGGUUGGAACACAUCCGUUUAAAGAAAGAAUGGACUUGUGGAGGGAUUUUGAUCGAAGAUUUAAUAAGUUCUGAUAAUUGAAGAUUUAAGUCAUGUCUAAUCCUUUUUAAUGGAAAUAAAAAUUGGCUGCAACAAUGGUGUAAUUAUCGGGAUGGUGAAAUUUUUCUGAAUCUACGUCAGGUAUCACACUUUUUGUCAUACAUAUCAGUAAAAUUCAUUAAUUCAGUUAAUUUUAACUGAG